UUGCUUAGGGUGGGUCGGUUGAAAAGAGUAAAGCAGAUAAAAGAGAAAAUUCUGCUCACCAGAGGAACAGUUCCCAGCUUGGAAUGAUGUUGGUAAGGACUGAGAAUGAAUAGCAGGGAACUUCACUGCCUUGCGUUAUUGAGCAAAUGCAAGAGUCUUAGAACCUUGAAGCAAAUCCACGCUUUUACAUUCAGAACAGGCUUGGAUACCGAUCUAUUAGUCGCCGGAAAGCUUCUUCUACACUGCGCAGUCACACUUCCUGAUUCUCUCCACUAUGCUCGACGCCUCUUCCUCGACAUUCGGAACCCAGAUGUGUUCAUGUACAACACCCUUAUCCGUGGUCUUUCCGGUUCUGAUCAUCCCUGCCAUGCCCUUCUUCUGUUUGUUGAAAUGCGUCGGAAAUCUAUGGCUCUACCUGAUAGUUUCUCUUUUGCUUUCGUGAUUAAAGCCGCCGCUAAUUGUAGGGCUCUGAGAGAUGGGUUGCAAUUGCAUCGCCAAGCAAUUGGUUAUGGCCUGGAUACCCAUCUUUUCGUUGGGACGACGCUGAUUAGUAUGUAUGCGGAAUGUGCCAGUCUGGACUUUGCACGCAAGGUGUUUGAUGAAAUGACCAAACCAAAUAUUGUUGCUUGGAAUGCCGUUGUUGCUGCGUGUUUUAGGUGCGAGGAAGUGAAGGAUGCGGAGAAAUUGUUUCAUCGAAUGCCCAUCAGAAAUUUGACCUCGUGGAACAUCAUGCUUGCAGGGUACACAAAAGCAGGUGAGCUUCGGUUAGCUAGCAAGAUGUUUAUGAAUGUGCCUGUGAAAGACGAUGUUUCGUGGAGUACUAUGAUUGUUGGGUUCGCUCAUAAUGGCAACUUUAACAAUGCCUUCACAUUUUUCAGGGAGUUACGACGGGAAGGGAUGAGACCAAAUGAGGUAAGCCUUACAGGUGUACUUUCUGCUUGUGCACAAGCUGGGGCAUUCGAGUUCGGAAGAAUUGUACAUGCUUUUGUUGAAAAGUCUGGCUUUCUGCAGAUUAUUUCAGUGAAUAAUGCUCUGAUUGAUACUUACUCUAAAUGUGGGAAUCUGUAUAUGGCCCGUUUGGUCUUUGACAAAAUGCUCAAAAGGAGUGCUGUCUCUUGGACAGCCAUGAUUGCGGGGCUUGCGAUGCAUGGCUAUGGGGAAGAAGCAAUCAGAUUGUUUAGUGAGAUGGAGGAAUCUAAUAUCCAGCCUGAUGGUGUCAUCUUCAUAUCCAUCUUGUAUGCUUGUAGCCAUGCUGGAUUAGUUGAGCUGGGAUGUAAGUAUUUUUCUAGGAUGAUAGAUCUGUAUGGUAUCGAACCUGCAAUGGAACAUUAUGGUUGCAUAGUUGAUCUCUAUGGUCGAGCUGGUAAGCUGCAGCAAGCAUUUGAAUUUGUUUCUCAAAUGCCAGUUCCCCCCAAUGAUAUUGUUUGGAGGACUCUUCUUGGAGCUUGCAGCAUCCAUGGUAACUUAGAAUUGGCAGAGAAAGUGAAGAGAAGGCUCUCUGAACUCGACCCUGGCAAUUCUGGAGAUCACAUUCUGUUGUCAAACAUUUAUGCUGUUUCAGGGAAAUGGAAUGAUGUUGCCACUUUAAGAAGAUCAAUGACUCACCAGAGACUUCAGAAAACUCCCGGUUGGAGCAUGAUUGAAGUUGAUAGGAUCAUGUAUAGUUUUAUUGCAGGAGAAAAGCAAAAUGAGAUGACAAAAGAGGCACAUGAAAAGCUAAGGGAGGUAAUGUCGAGGCUGAGGGUUGAAGGGGGUUAUGUUCCACAAAUUGGAGCUGUGUUGCAUGAUAUAGAAUUAGAAGAAAAGGAAGACUCUGUUUUGAAGCACAGUGAGAAGCUUGCAGUGGCUUUCGGGAUGGCAAGGUUACCCAGAGGUAGAGGCAUAAGAGUGGUAAAGAAUCUAAGAAUUUGCAGGGACUGUCACACCGUAAUGAAGCUGAUUUCUAAAGUAUAUGAAGUUGAAAUUGUGGUGAGAGAUAGAAGUCGCUUCCACUCUUUUAGACAUGGUUCUUGUUCAUGCAGAGAUUUCUGGUAAUUAGUUAACGAGUCAUUACCAGAAUUACACUUGAAAUCAGUGUCCAUGUCAGAAGGGAAAGCCAGCUAAUGAGCUGAUGACAGAAGCAAACCAGAAAACUGGCAACCUGGUGCUCAUUAGAUCAUCAGCCCUUGCAAAGUUAGCAGGUCAAAAGAAUACUGUUAAGUAAUGAAUUAAAAACCCCUACUGAUGCAUAACUGUUUUCAAGGUUCAAGGGAAUAAGAUGACUCGGGAAAGAGUUAUAAGAGUUCUCCCAGAUAUAUUUGAACUUGUAACCAGUGAAAUGAUGAUGGAUGGCUCCAGGUUUGUUUCCUCUACAUUUCUCAAUCUUCCAUAUUUGAGAUCUGGUCUAUCGUCUAUGGUUCUGAACAAAUAGAGCCGCAACUAUUUGAAUCCUCAUCUAGCAAGGAAUCUAUUAAUUUCCCCUUGCCAGAUGAUGACUCUCUCAUAGAACAGAUCAAGCGCUUUCAAGUUCAACCAAUUGGAAUUCCCACCUGUAAUUCUACAAAAGGCUGAUGAUCCAAAGUUUGUAACAUUGUUGUCUGUUGCAGUCUUAUAAGCGACAGUUGAUGGAUGUUUUAGCUACGUCUGACGUUAUGUUAAAUUUAUAUGAAACAAAUGGCUGCAACUUCAGCAUAUUGUAUUGUAUGAAAUUAUAACUUCCCAA